UUUAGAAGAAAGGAAAUAAAAAUGGCGGAGCCUCCGGGAGCUUAUUUGGCGAGAGAAGUUGAAAUAAAUACCGAUGAUAGAUACGGCUUUAGAAGAGGAUUCAGAAAGCAAAAGCUUUGUUUUAGGGAUAUGGACUCUAGCGUGGAGGAGCACAAAGAAAGCAAAAAGGGAAAACCAGUACCACCCCAGUCUCAGGAAAAUGAACCCAGUCCCUUCAACAUGACAGCAAAGAACUUUCCUAAACGAAGAAGCCGAAUGCAUGCCUCUGUUGCCUCUUAUAACCGCACAAGGGGCAGCACAGUCAGUGCCAAUAAAGCCCUGGAACUUGUUAGAGCAGCUUUACAGCCUUCACUAAAUGCUGAAAUUGAGGCAGUUUUAAAGAGCUAUCAAGAGAUGUUCCGUAUGGCAGCGCAUAACAUCAAAGACAACACAAGUGAAUCAGUCUCAGAGGAACAGAUUAAAGCUGUCCUGAGGAGAAGCUUAGAUGAGGCCAAACUUCUGUUCAGGGUGGACACAAAGCCUCAUCACUCUGAUAGGAGAUAUGAUAGAGGGGGAAGUCCUGCAAUAGUCAAGAAGAAGAGGGUACGGCCUGAUGUAGACAAAGAAAGUGAUGGAUCACCUCCUAAAAUAAACAAGGUGGACACUAAAGCUAUAACCAGUAAGUGGGAUCCUGACAGUAUUACUGAGGACACUGAAUUCAUCAUGGGAGUUAAAGCGAACAAAGCCCUUGGUUUUGCUGCUACAAGAGGAAAACUCUACUACAGACAUCCAGAACUUUUCAAGUACUCUGGUGACUCUGAUGACAAACUGUGGCUGUUGGAACAGAAUGAGCUGCCCAUCACUGGAGGAAAGGCAUUUCUCAUGAUUGCAGAUGACAUAAGGAAAUUAGCUGAUCAUCAAGAUUACAGGAAUAAUGAAGGUCUGAAUCUGGAAGAAAUCAAGGGUUUCAAAGUGCCAUCAAAGAUGGUAGAGAAGAUGAAAAGCCACAUGAGAAAACUGAAGAGAGAAGCAGCUGCUCGAGGUGAGGUUAGAGACAAAGUCAAGGAGGAACAGAGUCCUGCCAACGACGAAGUAAAGGAGUCAGCAGAACACGAAGGCAUGGAAACACCCUCUCAAGCUCCAGUCAUUAAACAGGAACAGUGACUUCGCAGGUCAAGACGGAUAGGAACAAUUUUAUUUAUUAGAAUUAGUCGUUCUUUGUAGAACUGUACUGUAGAGUGACUCCUCUUCUCGGUGACGAACCACUUUCAUCGUGAAUAAGUUACUCAUAUCCUAGUGUCUGUUGAUAAGUUCUUAAUUGACUUGAUAAAAUGAUUAAUCUCCAGCCUUUAUGGGGGCUAAGUAUGGCCAGCGAGCAGGCUGUCGUUAAUAGCACUGCAGGGAGCGCCUUUAAUUUCUCUGCCCGCAUAAAGAUUUGGGACGAUUCGGGGAGAGAUUUGCCAGACCCUGACAUACCUCUCGCCGGCUUGCUUUCUCAACAACCUAGACUUUCGCGCUCGUGUCGCAGCGCUAUCAAUGAAGGCUGCUCACCGGUUAGACAAACUAGAACUUUGAAAUUUUGUUAUAAGACAGGUAAAGAUGUUAUCCAAAUUGAAUGUCGGAACCAGUUUAGAGUCACAAAUGGAAAACUGAGUAGUCUUUGAACGGGCUUCACACUCGAGGAAUACUGUAGAGAAAUUCUUCUAAAUUUUUUGUGUGUGAAACAUAACUUUUUAAGUCAUCAGAAAUCCAUCUCUUUAUUUUUUUUUUUUUAGUAUUUUUGGCAUGUUACGAUUAAAUCACAAGUUUUCCUUCUUUCCUGAAGGCUUUGUUACGUAAGCAUGGCGCACGACGGCGCCGUUGGGUCACCUUAUAGUCCCGUGUCGUCGUCCUGUAGAAAUUUGAAUUUACGAUUCGCUGUAAAGACGACGACGUCGUUUAUGCGCGACCGGCAAAUUUUCCCGCCGUUUCUUAAGUUUGUUUUUAUCUUUUGACAAGGCGAGUUGUUUAAACUAAAAUGCCUAACUUCAGAGAAGCGAGAGCUUGUAUAGCAUACGCUUAUGGAAGCAACUUUAGAAACGAACAAGAAUUUGUACUUUUGUAAGACUGUCACAAGUCAACAAAUCCAGAGUUUCCGUACUGGAACUACCACAGGUUCGAUUUAGACGAGAAAUCAAACGACAAAUGCAAGGCCGAGUUUCGUUUCUACAGGGAGGACAUUUAUAAACUUGCUGAACAGCUACAGCUACCUGACGAGAUAACAACUUAAAAUGGUUUAGUUGUUGCUUCGGUACCUGCACUAUGCAUGUAUCUCAAGCGCUUUGCCUAUCCUUGUCGAUAUGGAGAUUUGGUUUAUCAUUUCGCCAGACCGGUUCCUGAGAUUUCCAUCAUUACAAACCACAUAAUGGACUUGAUUUACGGUCGGUGGCAUCAUCUGCUUACAAGAUACAAUCACGAUUUCCUCUCUCUCCUCCCAAACUUCUGCAAUACGCUGAGGCGAUCGAUCAGGCAGGAGCUGCCUUAAACAACUGUUGGGGAUUCGUAGAUGGGACUAUGCGUCCAGUUUGUUGGCCUAACGAAAACCAACAGCCAUCUACAACGGCCAUAAGCUUGUCAACUCUAUCAAGUUUCAGGCUGUCGCUUUGCCUAAUGGAUUAGUGGGAAUCUAUUUGGCCCAGUUGAGGGAAGACGCCAUUACAGUUUCAUGCUGGCUUCCUCAGGAUUCUUGCAAGAACUGCAGAGGUUUUCCAACUGUCUAGUUACUGGCCUCCCCCUUUGUGUGUACGGUGACCCCGCCUAUCCGAUACGAGCACAUCUACAAAGGCCCUUUAAGGGUGGUGUCCUGACCCCAGCUCAACAAGAUUUUAACACCUCACUGAGCACAGUCCGCUCUUCUGUGGAGUGGCUAUUCGGGGACAUUGUUAAUUAUUUUAAAUUCAUAGAUUUAAAAAAGAACCUUAAAAUCGGACAUAAACAAUUUGGCCUCUUACAAGAUAGGACACAAAGAGUGUAAAACGCGUUAUUAUCAGAGUACAAAUAAAGUGACGAAAACGGAAA